AUGUCAUUUGCUUAUGGAAUUAAGUCCUUUGUUUCCUUUUUUUGUCAGCCCAAAUAUGCCAAGAAGAAAAUAGAAGUGUCUCUACAUAAAUUAAGUAUAUGGAAUAGAAAUUAUCGUAUUAAAUCAAAGAUGUGUUUAUCAGAGAUCCAACAACCUAUAGAGAAACCAGUUACAUCAGGCAAAGAGAAAGUUAUUAACCUACCGAAAAAAUUACCUCUUAAACGGCCUAGAUCAGAUGAUUCUAUAGAUAUACCUCGUAAUGAAGAUUUGGCUGAUAUAUACGAUGAAUCACCUGCUAAGAAAUUAUGUACAGAAGAGGUGACCUCACGGAUUGAAAAUGACCAAUCAGAUUUGGAUGAUUUUGAAUCAGAAAAUAAGUGUACAUCUCAUAUAAAAUCUAAAAGUCAUUCACCGAGUAAGAAGCUGACAGCAGCUGAUGUUUGUAAUAUUUCAAUGGAAGACGACACGAGUGAAAAAUCUGACACAGACAAAGAAAAUGAAAUCAAACCUAAAAUUUCACCUCAUAGAAAUAGAUUUGCUGUAUCAAGCGGGAAUCAGAAACAUAAGUUUAAUUUGAAUGAAAAGAAAAAUGUUGUCAUUAAGAGCAGGUUCUUUGCUAAAAAUGAAAUAAAGUCAGAGCCAGAAUCUCUAAGCUCUGAACUUGGCAACUCUACAGUGAUUCCAGCUAAUAUUAAAUCAGAGCCAAAUGAAUCAAAAGACACUGAUAAAACAACUCCAGUUUUACCAAAGUUAUUUUCUCCAGAGAAAUUGAAAUUCCCAACCAAUAAACCAAUCAAAACAAACUCUAAAUCAUCCAAAAAGACAAACCUGAAAAAAUCAAAUUCAUUGUCAGCAUUCAGUUGGUCAAAAUUCAAAUUUACUAAAAAUUCAAAUGCAGAUACAGAAACUUCAAAAUCUGUGAACUCUGCUUUUCAGUCUGUGAUAAAACAGGAAGAUAGAGAUUCUGGAUUAAAUGAAAAUUCCAAAACAAACCAAGAGUUGGAAAAUUCUGCAUCUAACACUGAAUUCAGUUUAGCUGAUCAAUCUGAAACCAGUUUAAAGGAAUCUCAAUCCAGUUUGUGUUCUCUGAUCAGCUUGGAGGGGAGUUCGAAAUCAAACAUUUGUAGUCUUGAUACUGAAUGUUUACCAUCCACUCAAGACUUAGAAGAGUUCGAUUUUGAACAAAAGAAAACCAUGAAAACAGAAUCUGAUUUUGAAUUGAUAUCAACUGUCUCUGAGACCAAAAGAGAACUAGUUGUUGACAAUAACUCAAACACAAAAUCUACCUCUAUUUCUACAUUUUUCAAAUCAAACUCUUCAAGUUCACUGGAUGCAACUAAUUCCGGUUUGAAGAAAAGAAAAUUUGAUGUAUAUGGUUCAAUGUCAACUGAAAGUGGUUUGAAGAAAGCUAAUUCUGGAUCCAACUUGUUUGGAGGUGAUUCGAGUAGCAGAACGGAUUCAGACAGCGAUAAAUUCAAUUCUGUUUUAAAGAAAUCUGAUUCUAGUUCCAGUAUAAUAAAAUCUAGUUAUUUCUCCAAGGGAAUUGAUAACAGUAACCCAAUAUUAAUUGAUGAUAACAGCAAUGAAGCAACAACAACCCAAAACCAAGUGGUAAAGAAAGAGUGCCGAGUUUCUGGACUGACCAAGACUAGUCGUAAGAAAUCUGGAUCAACCAGUAAAGUUUUAGAUAUCAAUCAAACCAAAAUUAAAGAUCUUUUCUUUAAAGUUGGAAGAAAACCAUCAAGGCUGGAAGAAGUUAGUGAAUUUGGAAUGGAAAUGACUCCAGAAUCUAUUAAUUCUACCAAAGCAUCAAAAUUAUCUUCAACUGUUCAACGCAAACUAUUAUCUUGA